UACAAGCUGACAACCCAACAAGAGAAAGCAAAGCAAAAAAUAAAAAAUGCCUUGGAUGUUUUUGUGGCACAACAGUUCGGCUGAAAUGGCAGACAACUAUGAGGCUGCAGAAGGCAAGGAUCAUAAGAAGAAGACCAAGACUUUGGGCAUAGAACUGAAAAACUUCUUGCUGUCUAUUGUGCCACACAUAGAACCAGCUGUUAUCAACAACCCCAACUCUAAACAUGAGACGCUUUCUGCAGUAGAAGUGACACAGUGGUCCCAGUCUCUAGCAGCGCUUCUGUCAACCCAGUGUGGUCAAGUUGCUUUCAGAGAAUUUCUGAAAUCUGAGUUCAGUGAUGAAAAUAUUGAUUUUUGGCUGGCUUGUGAAGACUACAAGAAAACCCAGUCUGAUCACUUGCAUGUCAAGGCAGACAAGAUUUACAUGGAGUUUGUCCAGUCAGAUGCUAUUAGGCAGAUCAACAUUGACUUCCAUACAAGAAAAACUACAGCUCAGAAGGCUCAGAAUCCAACACCUUCCAGCUUUGAUGAAGCACAGAAACUUGUAUACAUACUUAUGGAGAAGGACUCCUACCCCAGAUUCCUCAAAUCCAGAUUCUACCUUAAUCUGUUAAGCAAAGUUCAGUGCAACAGUCUCAAGUGA